CCACACCUCAUUUAUUGCGUCGCGAACGAGGGCCACGUUCUACCCACGACGAACCCGGCGUUUUACGUGUCCUUACUUGAAUGACAGAAUUUAUAGGCUCUCGAAUUAGUUUAAUCAGUAAAUCUGAUAUUCGAUAUGUCGGAAUUUUGCAGGAUAUCAAUUCUCGGGAAUCGACAUUGACUCUGAAAAAUGUUCUCUGGUGCGGUACAGAAGGUCGAAAAGGAGAUCCGUCGCAAGAAAUUCCAGCGUCUGACAGUGUUUUCGACUACAUUGUUUUUCGUGGAAGCGAUGUGAAAGAUUUACGAAUUGAAGAACCUGCUGCUCCUCCACAGCCUCAGAUGCAACCCCCUAAUGAUCCUGCUAUUAUCAGUUCCAACGGUGGUCAACCUGCUUGGGCAGUGAACAAUACCAAUGCUCGCAUGCCUAUGCAGCAAAAUAUGACAUCGCCUAUGCCUCCUUUCGCCAAGCAAGAACCUAAUGCCCCUAUCCAAGGUCAACAAGCAAACCAGAUGCCCUACGGUUACGGUGGAUCUCCUUACAUGGCAGCUCAAAACGUUAACCGUCCUCCUAUGGAUACUUUUUCACCUUCUAUGGCUAACAGACCUCUUGCUGCUCCCUACCAAGCUCCUGCUAACGGCCUCCGUAACCCUAUGGUCGGUCGUCCCAUGUUCCCUUACGAUCCCCGGAUGCCUAUGGACCCCAACAUGGCCAUGAUGGGUGCUGCUCAAAUGCGCAACGGUCCAGCCGGCGCUGGUGCUCCUGCAAUGGCAAAUAUCCCACCCGCUUCCGAAGUCAAUCAAGCCGCUCCGAGACAAGACAAUGAAGGAAAGGCUCCAGCCGUUAAGGACAACGAGUCGGCAGCAGCAGCAGCAGCUGCUGCUGCUGCUGGAUUCCGUCCGAACGAGCAACAACACCCUUCAAACCGCGAGAAGAAUGCCCACAAGCCUUUCACUGGCGUACAGAACAACGCUCCAAAGUUGGCACAACCUCAACAAGAGUAUGAUUUUGCCAGCUCUAACCAAAAGUUUGAGGAAUUGCGCGCUUCGAUCACGCCUGCAGAGCUUUCUUCCUCAAAGGAUGAAUUUUAUGAACCUAAAAAGUCAUUUUUUGACAACAUUAGUUGUGAGAGCAAAGAAAAGACCAUGGAGCAAAUUGACCGUCGCUCCAUCCGUGACCAUGAACGCAAUCUGAACUUGGAAACCUUUGGUGUCGCUGUUGCAGGCAACAGACGCGGCCGUGGACGUCGUGGCCGUGGUCGUGGCCACGGUUAUGGUCGUUCAAAUAACUUUCGUGCUUUAAACCAACAACAAUACCCAUACAAUCAACAGCAGCAGCAGCAACAACAACAGCAACAACAGCAACAACGCCAACAAAAUGAACAGCCAAAAGUGGAAGCCUAGUUGCUAAGAUUCGAGAUGUUCACUGCGUUUGCUAUACUACUAUCAAUGGUACAUAUUCUUUUUCGUGCCAUCCUCGUACAAAAUUACACUCAGCUGCGGCCUUGACGGUUUGUUGAUUACGUUUGGAGCAUGUGUAAGCUUCUCUUCUUUUCUUUGCUUUUCGUAUUCACGUUUACAAUGUUGAGGCUUUGAGCGGAUCUUAUUAUGCAGCCAUAUGAAAGUCUGAAGUGCGUUCAGUUUGUGCUGCUCGGUCGAUACAUUUCACGACGCUGCAUUUACCCAUCCUUCGUUGUAGUAAAUGUCAUUUGCGUUUCCUUUUACGGAAUAUGUUGUUCUAUGAGAAGGUGUUGGCUACGAUUUGCUGUUCACUCAAAAGAAACAAUUGCGAAUUCCCCUCUUAGGAAGUGCGACAAAGCGAUCGACCAACAGGUUUGUAGAUAGUUUUCAGUAUUGCUACAUGUUCUAGCCGUCGGAAAUUGCGUUUCUUGUUUAAUGAAAAAUCAUUUUCUCGCCCUUA